GGCCGUUAAGCACAACCUCGCUCGUUCGCCCUGGUUUUGGGUCUCGUUGUGCCAGGGCUUGGUGUUCUUGUGUCCAGGUAUUCAUUUUUGACAUGUUCUCACGUCCAACGUUCCGCAGUGCAUGUGUGCACAUCGUGCUUCUUCAAACGAGCAAAUGUGUCGCAUACAACCCCAAGCGGGCGGAAAAUUCAAUGUCAUCUGACAGAUCAGUCAGGCACAUGAAUAGAAAACGGCAGAGUAUGUCUCAAGCGCGAACCAUUGACAGGGUUUGUAGGUGUUCACUAUACUAUCACUUAUCUAAGUACAAAAUGCGCCUCACAUCAUUACCAAACGCCGGACCGAAAGCGACAAGCAGAAGUACCGGCAUCCCAUUCACUCAUGGAGAAACGAUAACCUGAAGAUUACGAACAUAUCAUUGCGGGCCGACUCCGCCUAGUACCCAGCGUCGGAAGUUGGUCCGCAGAGUCCGAUGGAACGAUCUCUUGGUCUUCAACUUCAAUCUUCAAACUUGGGACGCGAUUGAACGGCAUUGUUGUGCCAUCCAGCUGUCCAGAAGUUGUUUGUCAGUCUCACAUGAUCUUGACACUGCGCGUCCCCGUCCUCAAUGCCUCUAAGAAC